UCCGUUUAGGGGAGACACUAUAAAUUUCAGUGAUGCUUUUCCAUCGUCUUUCAGAAAGCCCAAGGAGCCCUGCUGCUACAUUUGUCUUCAGGUUCUGAACGAGUUCAGGAGUUUUAAAACAAUCAUGGCUGAUGGACCUAGAAAAUCUAAGAUCUCCUCCUCUCGAAGGUUGGGUUUAAAGAUCCGACUGUUGGCCACCGCUGCUCAGAUGCUGCAGGAGGAAAAACAACAGAAGCUGAAAGAAAGAGAAGCUACAUUAGACGAAAAAGUUCCUCCUCUUAAUCUGUCUGGUCUGUCGUUGCAAGAGCUGCAGGACCUGUGCAAAGAUUUGCACCACAGGAUAGAUGUUGUGGAUGAGGAGCGGUAUGAUCUUGAUCUCAAAGUUUCUAAAAACGAGAAGGAGAUUGAAGACUUGAAACUGAAGAUUACUGAGAUUCAGAGUAAGUUCAAGAAGCCGCACCUGAAGAGGGUGAGGAUCUCAGCUGAAGACAUGCUGAAUGUUCUGCUGGGAUCCAGGCAGAAGGAGGCCAUCGACUUCAAAGCCAACCUCAAAACAGUCAAGAAGGAAGAAGAAAAGAAAGAGGAGGUCACCGACUGGCGUAAAAACGUGGAGGCCAUGUCCGGCAUGGAGGGCCGGAAGAAACUGUUUGAUGCUUCUGGCAACUAAAAAAAAAAGUUUCUGACAUUUGCUUGAUUUCCUGUCUUUGUUGCAUGCAUGUGUGCAAAAAUAAACAUUUCAGUAUUUUAGAAACAUUUUUGGGGAUAAAUGUUGAGUAAUAUUUGCCAAUAUUUGCUGGAGAAUUGUGCUGCCAUGCCAAGUAGAGGGCAGCCUAAAUCCUAAAAAUCAAGUGAGAGUUUUAGAUCUUUGUAAAAAUGUGGUGUCUUCACAAAAUGUACAAUUAAAGAUGGUAGAUUUAAAAAGA